GACCGGAAGUCAGGCUUUGCUUGUAAACUGCCUAAUGGCGCGAUAACCGAACAUUUUCGCUCUGCAAGCUUCAAAAUUGCUCAUUCUAGAUGACCUGUCUUGUGAUUAUUUUGGAAAGGAAAUGUCUUCUAGAUUAACAGGCGACGGCAACACGGCAGGAAGCCUACUCCAGAAGCUUUGCUGCAAGUUAACAGGACUUUGUGACGAUGCAGUAAUCCCACAUUAUCAGUUUGCUCUACGUAUUUUAGGAAGUAACUACUCCACCAUUCAAGGUGAUGAAUUCCAGGUUUCUGAAAAGAUCAAGCGUUACUUGGUGCGGCGAGGUCGUGAAGACGAUGCUGCCAGCUUUGCAGAGCUUCAUAGAAAACUUCAGUCACAGGGUGUUCUGAAGAACAGAUGGGCUAUUCUACACCUGCUUCUUUCUCUUUGUGGCACAGGGCAGGUCACACCUAGGUCAUUUCUGGGAAGUUCUCUUUUUGGUCAUCACUUAACAUCCCAUGUGACCUCAACCCCUUUCAACCCACCACAACGAGACCUGGCAGCCACUGGAUCUCUUUCGGAAACUGUAACAGGGGGCACCACUGGAGCUGGUUAUCUGUCACAUCAGUCUCCUGCCACCAAUAUAUCCAGUGGCAUCAGCAGCAUUCGUGGGAACAGUUCCGUUGAGGGGUUGACAUCUGUGCCUCAGACCUUUGUGCCCAGCACGUUAGGCCUACCCCAGACUUCCUGGCGAGACACCCAGAGUUAUAAGGUAGACUCAAAGACUUCUUUGAAAGAAGAAACUGCCAUUGUUCCACGUUCUUCGCGAAUGAUUGCGACACAGCAGCAGCUUAAAGCACUGAGUCACAGAGGUGAAAAUACUUCGUGUGAAAUUCCUGAGUGGGAGCUCCUUAAAGAUGUGAUAUAUGCUUUCCAAGGUAUCGAUGGCAAAUGGAUUAAAUUUGAUUCCACUCGUGAUGGCUACAGGAUAGACUAUAAGGCUGGUAUUCCCAAGGCAACCCGCCAUCUGAUCAGCAAAUUAGCUGAGUGUGGGUGGCUGUACAACAAAGUGCGCAUUUAUGUUGAGUCACGCAGUGCAGAUAAAGCUUUUGGCCUUGUUGGACAGAGUUUUUGUGCUGCCCUGCAUGAAGAAUUAACAGAAUACUACCGCCUCAUUGCUGUUUUAGAGGCACAGCUGCAACAAGAGCAGGACCAGGGCAUCAGCGAUGGCGAAGGUCUGACUCUUAGGCGGCUUGUUGUGUGGACCUUUGACCCGCUGCUUCGACUGAAGACGCUGGCAGCUCUGGUGGAUAUAUGCAAAGGCAAAAAAGGAGGCGCUCUGGCUUCUUCCAUCUUCUCUUACAUGCAGCAUGGCGAUCCAUAUGUCAGAGGCCUCAUUAAACACACCCUUACCUUGGUGUCUCAGCCAAUCUAUGCCACAUUAAUGCGGUGGGUCUAUGAUGGCGAACUAGAGGACACUUAUCAUGAGUUUUUUGUUGCUUCAGAUCCAACUGUGAAAAAUGACCGGUUGUGGCAUGACAAAUACAGCCUGCGCAAGUCCAUGAUUCCAAGUUUCCUUUCUUUCGAUCAGGCUGGCAGAAUUCUUCUCACUGGCAAGUCCAUCAACUUCUUGCGACAAGUCUGUCAAAACCGCACUCCCAUCAAAGAUCGUGAAUCCGCCAUGGCUUUGAACAUGAAAGAUGCUGAGAGCAUGCUGGUACAGGACCUGGAGACAUCCUUCCAGAAACACAUGGAUGCCGUCUAUUCACAAACGAGUUUGCACCUUCUUGAAGUGCUGCACACCCAGUACAAGUUUAUGGAUCACUUGAAGGCCAUGAGGAGAUACUUGCUUCUGGGCCAAGGUGACUUCAUUCGACAUCUCAUGGACUUGUUAGAGGAAGACCUGGCCAAACCUGCCACAAACCUUUAUCUUCACAAUCUCAAUGGCAUUUUGGAGACUGCCAUCCGUGCGACCAAUGCUCAGUAUGACGAUGCUGACAUUCUCAAGCGCCUUGAUGUCCGACUUUUAGAGGUUUCACCUGGUGACACUGGAUGGGACGUGUUCAGUUUAGAUUACCAUGUUGAUGGACCCAUUAGAACGGUAUUCACACCAGAAUGUAUGAUCAUGUAUCUGAGAGUCUUCAACUUCCUGUGGCGAGCCAAGCGUAUGGAAUACAUCCUUGCACUCAUCUGGAAAAACCAGAUAUCCCAUGCUCGAUGGCUUAAAAGCAUUCCAGAAUUGUCAGGUGUUUUACACCAGUGUCAUCUCCUGGGCUGUGAGAUGGUGCAUUUCAUACAACAGGUGCAGUACUACAUUAACUUUGAGGUGCUAGAGUGCUCUUGGGAUGAACUGCUUAGAAAGGUUCGCGAGGCUCGAGACCUGGACCACAUCAUCGCUGCCCACCAAGUCUUCCUGGAUAUGAUCUUGUGCAGAUGUUUGCUGGAUGAAAAGUCACGCGAUAUCCUAACUCAGCUGCGCACCAUCUUUGACCUUAUCAUCCAGUUUGAGAGUGCCCAAGACAAGUUUUAUCAGGCAGCUAAUGAAGAACUGGAGGUUCGACGACGUUACGAACAAAUCCGGCAGAAACGCACAAACCAGGGAGAGUGGGCAGUGACAGAUGCUGAGGAACAAGAAGAGAAGGAGAGAAUAACAACUUUCUUGCGAAACAUCAUUCCAUCGACACGAGCUCAGAUGACCGUUCUGGCCCAGUCGUAUAAUGACAUGGUCCAGCGAUUUCUCAUUAUGGUUGCUGCACAUCCUGAUGUCAGCCUUGGGUUCCUCAGUUUUCGUUUGGACUUCAACCAGCAUUACAAAGUCAAGGAACCCAACAUGCGCUCACCACUUAUGUCUCUUCAACAGCGGAUGCAUCAUGUGUGAGGUUCAACAUCACUUCUUGCCACGAAGCUGCAGUCUGUGUUGAUAUGUCUGUACCAUCGCCAGUGCUGUGCGAUUUGGGAUGUUUUUAUCUCCAGCGAUGGUUUUGCAUCUGUACCAUCUGUGCAAUUUGGGAUGUUUCUUCUGAACAAGGCUUUCAGCUGUUGGGUACUGACAAUUGCUUUGAUGUAAGGCUGGUGUUAUGCUUUGCAGUUCAGACUCUUGAUGAAGUUGCUCAAUGUUAUCAUGAGAAGUACAGUAUCCCCUACUUGUCGCAGGUUUGUCGUGAAAUAAUUAAAAAGUUAUGAUGAUUGUUACAAGAGUAACUCUUGGGAGAUUGUUAGGCAGGUCACAAAAGCAAAUUUUGACAUUUCUGUCUUGAAGAGACAAAGUUACAAGGCAUCUUGAGAAAGCCUUAUUUAAUCCCAUGAUAUGCUGGUCUGAUUUUAAUCAAAUGAAUCCAAAUAGUUUAUACACAUUUUCUUUACAGUGUGAAUACUGUUGUGAAAUGUUUUUAAGUUUUGGUAAUACCUGAAUGUGUGCAAUACUUGGUACAGGGAUUUACAAUAUUCCCCACUUAUCCCAGUUUGUUUUGGAGCCAGCAAACCCCCCACAAUAACCACAAGUUCAAACAGCAGAUCAAAAUGUUUAGUGCCUUAAAGCUUGUAUGAGGUGAUGGAUGAUAAAUAUCAUUCUGCCACAAUAAAGAAUGAAGAAAAUGCAA